AUGAGAACCGCUGUGAUCCUUUUAUUCGCUUUAGUAGCGUUCGUCGCUGCUCAGGGAGUUCAUGUCGUGGAUCGUAAUCCCGCCGAAGUACAAGUAGUAGACAGCAACCCGUCAGCAGUGAACGUAGUAGAUCACAACCCAUCAGCAGGUCAGGGUCAGCCAAUCAAUAACCCGGAUGGUUUUGUGAUUGACCAGGCCUUUUACCAACCAAGUAAUCCGUCCAAUGGGGGCUAUGGUCAAUAUGGUCAGGGCCAGCCGCUGAAUAACCCGGAUGGUUUUGUGAUUGACCAGGCCUUUUACAGACCAAGUAACCCUUCCAAUGGCGGCUAUGAACAAAUAAGUACCGGUCCUGAAUUUGUUAACUUCGGCAACAACCAAAACAGGCCGUACCCUGGCAAGCAGUACGACUCACCACUUCUCCGUGGAGGAAAUCAUUUUCGACCACUAAGCCAAAAAACAGCUCAAAGUGAUUUUUCUGGAGAACAAUGCAUGAAAUUGUUCCUUAAAAGACAUCCGCAAAUUACUAAGCGGACAGAAGAAGUAAUUUCAAGAGCACGAGCUGGAGUGACUGAAAAGUCUCUCGAAAAUUGGUUUGAUGAAGUCCAUGAGCAUCUUGAGCCCGAAAAGAAACUAGAAAUCUUAAAUGAUCCAAAAAGAGUGGUCAAUCUUGCUGAAAUAAGUGUGCAAAUUUGCCUUUGCAAAAACUGGAAACAUUAUAGCUCUUAA